ACCAAAUGUCAAAAUUACCAAAAAUCAAAACAAAACACGAUUUUGUAGCUGCAGUCGCCAGUAAUUUAUUAAUUUUAUCGAGGAAUAAUAUAAAUAAGUGAUUAAAAUGUCUGCAACAAGCUCUGGAGCAAUGGAAAUUGAUCCCUUCUCGGUUAUAUGCCGCGGGUGCUUGGCUGUGGGCGGGAAAAUGAAGAAUAUUUACGAGUGGGGCCUCUCCGAUGAUUUCUACAGAUUUACAGAAGUUCCGGAAGCGCGAACAGAGCGCGUCUCAGAGCUGCUCUGCGCGCGCUGCGAGGAGACGCUGGAGGCGUGCCGCCGGUUCCGCCAGCGCUGCCGGCAGUCACACGACAUCCUGGAGGCGAGCGCCAAGAAAAUGGCCAAGGAAAAGGCCGAUGCUGAAUGUCUACAAGGUAUCCACGUCUCAAAUAUUUACAGUGAAAACAUGCUCAUCAUAAACAUAUGCACAGGAGACAUGACUAGCAAGAUCCACCUCAACUGCCCUUUCGACUGUUCAUACCACUGCCUGAAACAAAAGGACCUCAUGCUACAUCUAGUGAAACAACAUUCCAUGAACGAAAAAACCUUCCUCAUAGAUGUCCAGUACUACUGUCCUUAUAAAGACUGCAGUUACCACUUGCUAUCGCGAAAAAAACAUUUUACUGGCAGGAAAUACCUCAAUCAACACCUAAAUAAGGUGCAUAGAAGCAAAAACAUUCAGUGUAAAACGUGCCGUUUAAACUUUAGCACGGAGUCAGAGUUUCUUAGGCACCAAGCAACGUGCAAUGUUACUUACGUAUGCGCUGUUUGCAAUACAGAAUAUAAAACAAACGAACGCCUUCUUGUUCAUCUGAAGCGGCGCCAUCCGGACUUGCACGAGCAAUAUAAAGAGCAGAGAAAACUAAGCCGAUCUCUCAAAAGAGUUUCCGAAACUAUUACAUGUGACACGAAAAAGUUUAAAAGUGAUUGUUUUAAGGAAUCGCACACAGAGUAUGCUUGUGACAGUCCAAAGAGGUCGCUAGCGACACAGACCUUAAACGAAGCGAAUAUUAAAAACGAUGUGGCGUUACCAAUGUGGAUGAAAACGGAUAAAUCAGAAGAUAUGGAUAGGAAUUUCAGCACAAUAGAAACACAAACGGUUUUCGAAGACAUGCUUUCGGUCAAAUCACAGAAUAGCGAAGAUUCCUUAUUUUUCUCUGAGACGGUUUCACUGUCAGACAUUCAAACGCAGACUUUCCCCUUAGAAUUCGGUCUUUCUAGAAAAGAAACCAACUCUUCUGAAACCCAAACUGGAGAUAAAUCACCAGAUUUAAGCAUCAAAGAGACCCAAACUUGUUUUUGCUUGUGCGAUUCCCCGAAAAUUAACUUCAAACUAUUUGACAGUGUCACUUCUAGUCCCUUGACUUUGAGUCAUCUUAAUCUGACGUCUACCGAGACCCAGACUUUAGAUGACAGAUGUGUCGGCAAAAGCGAUGUGAUGUUAAGUUUUAAUUCGGCGGAGACACAAACCUGUUUUGAAGAUAACAGUUUGUGAGAUUACGUUUCCUGGCAGUAACUUUACUAAUAAUGACGUUAAAAUGGCGGAAUGACUUUGCUGUACAGUGCAACAAACUUAUCUGUACCGGUGAGAGCUCCCGUAAAUGUCUAAUGAAGAAAUCUUCAUUCUUUAAGAUGUUAAGUUUUCCCGUAAUGGUUAUUUACCCUUGUGGUAUUAAUAAAGCCAUCUAAUCUAUAUCAAUAUACCUAUAAUUUAUUAGUAAAUAAUGAGAUAUGGACCAAUUUAGUUAACUGUCACCGGAACAGAUAAUGUCGCACUGUACCUACUUAAAUACAUUUUCGUCUUUCAAUUUAAAGACGACGUUUUGAUUUGUUGUUGUAAUAGAAGCUAUUUAUUGCCAGGCAAGACACAUGCCAAUAUACCAAUGAAUACUUCUUAAGCAGACGUAUCAUCUAUCAAGUCCUUGUAAGUUAUUUAAUUAUUUUGUAUCUUCACCGUAAAGAAAGGAUCCUCCGACACGGAUUUUUUGCUUUUGUAUAGAGGUACUUACUUAAUUAUAAUAUUUAUUAUGGACCUAAUUGUACAUGAUCUUUUGAUACCGCGAUGUAGGAUUGCGUAAUGCUAGGAAUCACUGCCAUCUAUGGGUAGUCUUCGGUACUUCACUACUGAGAAAGCUAUGAUUUUAUUUCUGUAUCUAUAAAUCAACUAGAAUAUUGUAUAUUGUUUCAUUAUCAUUG